AUGUCUUUCUUGUUGAAAUCGAUGGUGAGUAGCCAGGUAAAGAAUUUGGGGCUUGGAGGUGGAAGUGAAGAAAGUAAAGAAGAAGGAGGUUCCUCGGAUCCUGCAGCUGCAGCAGGCAUGACAAGAGAAGAAUAUGAAGAAUACCAGAAGCAGGUGCUGGAAGAAAAAAUGGAACGUGAUGGCAUUUUUGCACAGAAGAAAGCAGAAAGAGCAACUCUCAGGGUCCACUUAAGAGAAAAGUACAGGCUUCCAAAGAGCGAACAGGAUGAAAAUGAGAUACUGAUGGCUGGAGAUGACGUUGAGCUGCCCGAAGAGCUGAAGAAGAUGGUAACUGAAGAUCAGGAGGAAGAGGAAGUCAAAGAGUCUUUUAUUGGACAGAUUCAAAACCUUCAGAAUAUGGAUGUAGACCAAAUAAAAGAAAAGGCUCAGGCAACAAUUAGUGAAAUUAAGCAGGCUGCAGAACAGAAGUGCUCCUUAAUGUGA